AUGACUGACAUGUCUGAUCCUGGAGAAUCGAAUAACGUGGAUGAAGAUGCCACUGCUGAUGCCGAUUCUCGGCCCGCAGCAUCCUCCACGACAAGCCCGGUCAACUUCGUCCAUGAUUCCUCCGCGGACCUUUUUGCGGCACCGAAUGGCUCGGCUUUAAUCCAUGCUUGCAAUUGCGUGGGCAGAUGGGGUAGUGGGAUUGCAACCGUAUUCCGUGCCAACUACCCAGCAGCGUUUGAUAUCUAUGCCAGUCACUGCCGUUACUACAAUAACAACAUUCGACACCAUGUAAUCCCCAAUCUCGAACCGGAGGACAGUCAGGAACAGCCCGUGCGACUGGUCCGUUUACCACUGGGAACCGCUCUGGUCAUUUCGCCCCAGGCCUCCGAUAUUGCCCUUCAUGGUCGCCGGCAUUGGAUUGUCUGUCUUUUUGUCUCUCGCUGGUACGGAGCUCGUGCUGACUCUGAGGCGGAUAUCUGCCGCAACGUCAACGCUGCUCUGCGGGAUCUGGCUCAACAGCUCACUGAGCUGAGGAUACUCGCCGUCACAGACACGGAUUGGCCCCGCUACCUUUUUUCGAACCGUUUUUGCUCUGGUUUAUUUCGCGUUCCUUGGGAAGUCACCAGCGAGCUGAUCAACGAAGUUGGACUGAACAUUACCGUGUGCACAAACUCUGAGCAUCGUCGUCCUCCGCAACACCGCUAUGCUAACAACUCUCGUCGUCCCUCCACUCGUCGUAUCCCAUUUGGACCCCUGGCUCGUGAGUGGUGA